CAUGCGCCGCGCUGUGCCCGGCAGGAGACGCUGGCAAACCUGGAGCGGCAGAUCUACGCCUUCGAAGGGAGCUACCUGGAGGACACGCAGAUGUACGGGAACAUCAUCCGCGGCUGGGACCGGUACCUCACCAACCAGAAGAACUCCAACAGCAAAAACGACCGGAGGAACCGCAAGUUCAAGGAGGCCGAGAGGCUCUUCAGCAAGUCCUCCGUCACCUCGGCAGCGGCGGUCAGUGCAUUAGCUGGAGUUCAGGACCAGCUCAUUGAGAAGCGGGAGCCCGGCAGUGGCACGGAGAGUGACACUUCUCCAGACUUCCACAAUCAGGAGAACGAGCCCAGCCAGGAGGAUGCUGAAGAGCUGGAUGGAUCUGUGCAGGGGGUGAAACCCCAGAAAGCUGCUUCCUCUACUUCUUCUGGGAGCCACCACAGCAGCCACAAAAAACGGAAGAACAAAAAUCGACACAGCCCGUCUGGCAUGUUUGAUUAUGACUUUGAGAUUGAUCUCAAGUUAAACAAAAAGCCAAGAGCCGACUACUAGGCUCAUCAGCGCUGAUGCUUCUGGGAUUUAGGUCUGCGUGAGUCCCCGCUGAGAAAACUGCCCGUGGAGUGGAUGAGCACGACGGCAGCUCUGGCCACGCGUCGGCCGCCGGGAGUGGCUCACCCUAAAGAACUCACCCGGGGAGAAAAAUCUCGGACCAUGUUCUUUGCAUCAUUUUUAACCCACCUGAGUUGCAGGAAGACUAAGGUGUAGGUGUAGUCGUAGUCGUAGUCCUGAAUUCCUGGCUAUCCUGGGCUUCCACCUCAGUUGGGAGCUCCUCAAAAUGGGCUGAUCUUGCUGCUGCCCCCCCCUGUCACCUGCGGACCCACGGAGCGGGGGCUCGUGUCCCACUGGAACUGGGGUGUGACCCAGUGUGUCCCAUCCGUGUUGUAAGACUUAGAUUACUUCUGUUGCUGAUAAUUAGCUUUGUAGGUUUGGGGUUCAGUUUGGGGUUUUUUUUUGUUGUUGUUGUUUUAAAAGCCAAAGUGUAUAGUUAACAAUUUGACUUCUGGUUUCUUUGUUUUAAUCCACGGAGAGUGGAAGGUUCUUCAUUUUGUGGAACAGCUCUUUUUUGAUUUUUUGCUCAAGCAGAGAAGAAGGUGAAUAACCCUUUUCUCUAAUUUUAAUUUUAAACACCAUACCCUAAAAUGUACGCAGUAUCUAAGGAUGCAGGGACGGCUGGAGCUCAAAGCCAUCUUGCUCUUUGCGAUCUUUGAGGUUGGGCAGAUUCUCUUUUUAAUACAAACUUCUGGCAUUUGUACAUAAACAAUAAAGUUACAUGUUUGUCUUCUCACGGUUUGUUCAGUCCAAAA